UGGUACAAGAGAAAUAUUAUUAUUGUGGGAAAUGAUAUUAACAUUAACACUAAUAGUAAUUGAGGUAUUCGUAGUUUCUAGUAAUAACAAUCAUGGAUAACAUAGGCAUCAAUCCAUUAAAAGAAGAUACAAAUGUUAUUGAAGGAAGUAACCACCAAUCAUCACAAUUAGAUGUUAUCAGGAAAAAUGAUACAGGAUUUUUACUUCUCAUUGUUAUCACAGGGUCAAUGUUUAAUCUAUAUAUCGGUUUAUCAUUCGUGUGGCCUUCGUCAGUAAUACCCAAAUUGGAAUCUAAUUCGACUGAAGAAAAUCCUUUAAGCAGACGUAUAACGACUUUUGAAACUUCUAUAUUGGCAGGGCUACCGACUAUAGCGAUAUUACUUGGUCCAAUAGUAAUGGGAUAUGUAUCCGAAAUCGUUGGUAGAAAAAGAUCGUUGCAAAUUGCGGGUGUGGGAAUAUGUAUUUCAAUUUUAGCUUUAUCAUUUAGUACUAACAUAAUUUGUAUAAUAACGUUCAGAUUUGUUAGUUUCUUUUUCGUUAAUGGCGCAUCUAAUGUAUUUUUAAUAUAUGUAGUAGAAAUCUGCGAGGACCAUAACCGAGCUAAAUAUGGUUGUUUAUCUGUUGCUUUCACACAUUUCGGCCAAACGUUGGGUUAUGGUUUUGGAGCAGCUUUGAAUUUUAAAAAUUUUAAUUUGAUCGAAUUAAGUCCACUAUUAGUUAUAUUUAUUUUCUUCUUCAUAGCUCCAGAAUCUCCUGUUUACAAUUUGUCAAAACACAAAACAGAAAAAUGCAUGAUGGAUCUCAAGAGGUUAAGACGUAAUAAAAGUAAAAAAGAAUUGCAAAUAGAUUUACGUAACAUUUAUUGUACUAUUACAACAUCCAAGAAACUAUCGGAAGAAAAAAUGUUGGUAAUAUAACUAGUGACUACAAAAGAGAAAAGAUACUCAUUAAUGUUGGCAUCUUCUUUAGCCAUUUUACAAAUAUUUUGUGCAUUCGGUAUCAUUGUACCUUUUAUGGAACCAAUUUUUAUAGCGACUGGAACGCAAUUCAACAGUAGUCAUUUACCUAUAAUUGGAGCUUCAUUUAAAGUUGUCGCCACCAUUUUAGCAUCGUGUAUCGUGGAAAAAUGCGGUAGAAGAGUAUUACUUAUAAUUUCAACAAUAGGAUCAGGAGCGUCUUUGUUGGUACUAGGUUGUUUCUUUUAUUUGAAAUCUAUCGAAUCUUCUCUAAUCUACCAAAUGCAAUGGUUACCUCUAGCUUGUAUUAUAGGUUAUACCAUUUUGACUACUACAGGAAUAUUUUUAAUACCUCAAGCCACUAUGGGUGAACUGUUUACACCAGAUGUUCGAACAACUGGUAUAUCUGUUGUAUCUAUAGUUUUUUCAAUUUUAUUAUUCUGUUCGUCGAGUACUUAUCCCUUGUCGAAUAUAUAGGGAUGCAUUGGUGCUUAUGGUUAUACGGAUUCUUAAGUUUAUUAUCCGCUCUAAUUAUUUACUUAUUAAUUCCGGAAACCAGAGGAAAAAGCAUCAACGAAAUACAAGCAUACAUUAAAGCCCGUUGUAAUAAUUAAUUUUUAUUGGAAAUAUUUUAUCUUGUUAGACAAUACAAUGGGGUACUAUGAAAAUUAAACGAUUGAACACUUACAUCAAUGUACUAAUUAUCAAAUACUUUAAACCUAUAUAAUACGAAGAUUGUUUUUUCAACUUUCGUUUUUUCUAAAAGUAAAUUUCCUAGCGGUAGGAAACAGGUCGGCGCGUUGUUAGAUAUCACCGUUCCCAUGUUACAACUUCCAUCAGAACUAGCUCUAAUCCACCAGUCGUCGCAAAGUUACUUUCUCUAAGGAUAAUUAUCGCUGUGUAAUGUAUUACUAACCGUGCUGUGAGAAAUUGGCCGAAGGUCUUAGAUGAAGUUGCAAUUAUUAAAGUCAAAUUAAUGCACAUACACUCCCUUAACAAAUAUAUUUUGACUAAGUGGUUACGGUAUUUUAGAACGAAAAUGGCGUGUCUUUUCUUGACUUCAGGUAUAUCACAAUAGAACUUCUUCAAAAGCUCGAGCAAGGACUUCUCAAUUUACAGUACUAACCCAGCACUAAGUCGCUAUCAUAUCUAUCGAUUAUUGGAGGUCUUGCUACUUAUAUAGAGUAUCAACACGUUGUAAGGACCUACCUGAUCUUACUGGCGAUAACUGUAUAAUGUUACAAAUGUUUUGGUGGUAAAAUCGGAGCUUCAACUUAGUUUCCACAAGUGUCCUAAGAUUUUUGGUUUUGAAUUGGGAACAAACGUUGAACUAUCACAAAGUUUGUGCAAUAUGGAUUUCAAAACUGCUUACAAACUUUCAUAAAGCGAAUAGGGGCAGCCUUGACAUUCCUGGACGUCUACAUUAGACUGGAUCAAAUCGUAAUUGCCUUCGAGACGUGGGAAAGACACAUCAAUUGUGAGAUAUUACAUAGGGUGGAGACAAAUAAGUUGCCCUAAAAAACCAAGAACAUGUUUGUAAACCUUAUCACUAAAGAAGUAGUGCCAUCUAAAACUUUGGGUAACUUAAGGCAAGCUGUUCAAAAAACGUCUUCCGUAAUAAAUUUUUUUGCUGCAUGAAGUCCGACUUCAUAAGACAAACCACACAGUUUCUUCCUGAUUCGCCGCAUGGUCCUGAUCUUUCACCUAGUUAAUUUCAUAGCACAGCGCGUCACUGAGUGGUUGAAUUUCAAUGAAGGAUUUUGUCCAUCGUUAUAAUAAGUAUUUCAAUUUAUUUGAUGAUUUCGGAGAAAAAUUGAGUUUCAUUCGCUUUUCCAAAUGCAGAUAAACUUAUCUUAACGUAUUACUCCAAAUGUCCCUUACUUUGUAAACAGACCUGCUUAAGUUCUUCUCCCUGUUAAUAUAAAUAAAAUUUCGAACAAUACAAGGUGUAAAACAUGCUUUUGUUCAAAUCUAUAAGAUUGAUAUAUAUCCGAUUAUUUGCUAGGUACUUUUCCACUGAAUGAUUAAGAUUAUAUAACAUACUCAAAGCGACACGGAGUUGGAGAGUUCCAUAGUUGCCGAUGGCUAUAUGGAAGUUGAUACUAAUAAAAAGAUUUGAAAAGCAAAGAAAAUUCUGCCUGGCCCAUCCAAGUUCAAAUAGAGGACUAUGCCAAUAAUAAUUAUCCAGAAUAUACCGAAUCAAAAUAUAGAUAAAGUAACGUUUUUCGUAUUGAUUUACACUCUUUUAUAUUCCUACAAAGUCUGGAAUUAUAAUUUUUAAAAUGUUACGAUAAAACUAUGAUUUGGAAAAAGUUUAGAGAUAAUAUAAAAAUUGAUGUAUGUUUUCGAGUAACUCUUACGCAAUAAUGUACCCAUUGUUGCACCUAUUACACGAAUAAUAUUAUAUUAUGAUACCAUUAUUAUUUGGAAAAACCUCUAGUAUAGGGUAAAUACUUGAAAAGUUUUUCUAAUAUCUGCUCUAUAUACAGAGUGGAUCAUGAGGAACUUUACAUACUUCUACUAUAUGUAUAGUACCUCAGGGAAGAUACCAUGCGGCUACUAGAAAGUGUCGUUAUUAAUCUAUAGAGUGAUUUAUUGUUCACAUACGCGACAAAAAUGUAUUUUUAUCCAAUUUUGAGUGUAUUAUCAGGUCUUAUCAAACAUGGAACAACCAUAGUGAUGUAUAAGGUGUUAAUUUAAAUAAAUGUUAUAAAUUUCAAGUUCUCAACUAACAUGAUUAACUAUUAAAUUACUAUAACGACAAACACCAAACAACAAAAAGCAGCAAAUAAUAACAAUGGCGAGUAACAAUUUUAAAACAAUAACUAAAAUUAUGUACUUAGGACGCAAAAAUAAUAACUGAAAAAAGUACAAUAAUUGCAACAAAAUAAAAAUAGUUAAAAAUAGAUUGUCUAAAUGGAGCCCAGCAGUAUCUGCACAUCUUUGUUUCCGAAUUGCCGUUUUGAAUAACGGAUACGCUUUGGAUCAUUUCUAAUAGUAUUACAAAAAAUUAUAAUUAUGUCAAGUAGUUGUUCUCGGUUGUCUCUGUAAACUAGUUGCUUCAAUCGUGUCCAAAUAUGGUAAUCAACGAAAUUGAAAUAAGGGAAGGCCAUGAAAUAGGAUCUACACAUCCUAUCCACCGGUUGCCAUAAAUAUUAUUUAGAUGUGGUUUUACUGCCACUAAAAAGUGGAGGGAUGCACCAUAAUGCUGAAAAUACAUCCCUCGGGAUACAACGUUCGCUCUGACAAGAAAAUUUGGUAAAAUAGACCUGUCUUCAUAAAGUACCAUAAAAAACUGAAAAUCUACUAAUCAGUAAUUUAUAACACCAAUUAACUGAAACCUUAACUGGGAACGACAUUCUCAAAUAGCAUUGGUACUUUCUUCUGUCCAUGUGAAUUAUGGGAAUUAUUUAAAUUGGCUUCAUCUGUCGAUAAUUGUGAAUCCAUCCACAAAAUUCUAACCUACGGAUUUCAUCUCCAGAAUGUAGUCGCUGACUUGUUAUUGUGGGGUCCAUAUUAACAGCGGCAAUAACGUCAUAUUCCUGCGAUUCAUGUUGUUCUUUUUUUUCACUAGUAAAAGUGCCGUUUCCCUGCAAAUAUUUAAAAACUGAUACAAAUGUUAGUGGAAGUUCGAUGAUCAGCUAAUCUCCUGAGAUAUUUUCUCUCCUGGUACUAUUACAGAACCCAUAAACAAAAGUUAUGGGCAUAUUCGUCUUGGUCAAAAUCUGAUGUGGCAUUUUGAACGAAAGUGACAAAAGCGUUACCAAAGCUAACACAAUAAUACGUAAUGUAGAUUCACACCGAAGAAAUUUUUUACACACAAAUAACGGUUGAUAAUGACAAUGGGUAUAAGAUAUCAACAAACGUUAAACGGUCAACGCCAAUUUGAUUUUAAAACGUUUUAAGGUUUUUUAUCAUUAUUUUUUUGCUACAGUUUAUACAAUGUAUUAUUAUAUGAUAUACAAUUUUAAUAAUUUAUAAUAAACACACAUUAACACAUAUAUGAGGACAUUUCAAUCAAUUUAAUUUAUUGUUUAUCGACUAGAAUGCAACAAUGCAUUUUUGUUUAAAAAUAAUUGAUUAUCCCCUUAGCGACAAAACAAAGUGACAAUAAAGAUUUGAUCUUUUACUAAAUAUUUGUUGAUAACGAUGCGACAUCACUGCAUUAAAAAAUAUAUUAUUCAAUACGAAUCCCUGAAUUGAUUUUUCCAAAGUGGGUCCUAGAAUUUUUAAGUUUAGCCAAUACUAGUCGAAUACUUGAUAGAAGUGUACUGUAUCAUGAAAACAUCCAAAAAAUUAAAUGAGCUGAGUAAACAUUAUAGCUUAUUUAAAUUUAUGGUCAAUUUCACAAAUCACCCUAUAAAUUGAUAAGAAAAAAGAGAAGGCACCUUUCAGUAUCCUCAUGAUAUUGCCCCAGAUGGGCUCUAUGGGUAAAAGUAUAUAAAGUUCCUUUAGACUUUUAGUUAGAAAUUUUAAUAUCAUGACUGUAAAAGAUGAAUGUUAUCAAAUUUUUACAUUAUAAUUAGUCAAUUUACAAUUUUUAUCAGUUCAUUUGAAUACACUUUAAUUCAAAAUAUGUUAGUUGUUACUACUAACAAGUAGCGGCUUUGUCUAGAAAAUAUAAGUUUAAUAUUUCAUUACUUCCAUUUUUAGAAUAAAUAUGAUAUGUUUUAUGAAAUUGACCAAAAUUAGGUACGAAGACGUGGAGAAAUAUCUUAUAAAAGCUAUCUGUUUUGUAUAAUCCCUUCACAAACAUUGAAAUAAGACGUUAUUAUUUUUCAAUUUUCAGCUUAAAUACAAAAUUUGAAAAUUCUACUUACAAAAUCAUUUCUUAGUGGAAGAUGACAUAGUCUCCUUUUAGGUCUAUAUGCUUAGUUCAGCGAUGCUCUAACCUUUUUAACCCUUCCAAGAAUACUUGCCGUAUUUUUGCUUAAAAUAGGCGUUUACGUAUGCCAGAAUGUCCUCGUCCAAUGAAAAUGUCUCUCCUGCAAGUAAAAUUUUAGGAAAACAGAAAACUGAAGAAAAUCGCUGGGGACCAGAUGUGAUAAAUACGGUGGAUAGUGCACUGAUUCGAAGUGCGGUUCGUGAAUUCAAGCCAUCGUGAUCAACGAAAUGUCAUCAUUCUUUUCCGGCCAAUGAAAACUUUACUCUUUUUAAUCCACUGUUUCAACAGUUUUUCGUUUCAGGAGUAGCGGAUUUAAAUUUUAUCUACAGUUGUAAAUCGCCGCAAAAAAUCCGACUCAUUUCGCUUGAACCACAUCAAGGCGUAGGAAAUGUAGGAAAUACGCUUUUAAUAUAAAGUGAGCAAACGCUACACCCAACGGGCGAAUACCUCACGCAUACAUAUUUUUUCAGUCAAAAUAUAUAUGGAAGAUGGGUUCUUUUGAUAUAACGAUAGCCUCUCCUAUCUCUCUAACCUUAAUCCGAAGGUGGCUGAAGCUGGCAGGCGCAUUUUUUUUGCAGUCUCGAACGCUCGUCGUUAGUCAAGUUGAUACGGCCACAUUUGAAUUCGGCCGCCCAGAAUUUUACGGUUGUAAAUGAUGAUGCAGAGUCCUCUUUCAUCAAGGGUAUUACUUUUCAUAAAAAAUAUUAGAUAACAGAUCUAUACUCUACUUUUUCCAUUUACACAAUUGUCAAACUGAAACUAAGCGUCCAAAAUGGCUGAAAUUUUAGUAUCUCUCUAGGCAUGCAUAAAUAUAUUUCUCAACAGCUAUACCAGGCUGUUAAUAUUCGCAAAAACCACUUUUGUAAAUGAAUUGAAACGCUCGACUUAAAUCAGGUCAACCCUGUUUUUAACUUAUAUAAAAUCUAUGUUGAGCUGUUAUCGAUCUCAUUAUUAUUACUGCAUUUUAUGUAUAUACCUAAGUUGGAUAAUCUUAGUAAGUAAUGCAAUUUUUAUACUUUGUUUUUAUAAUUUGUUUUUGUGAUUUUCAUAUUUACCACAUAAAUUUUGUUUGUUUGACAUAUAUUAGAAUAUUUUAAAAAUUUCAUGCCGUACUAUAUUGCAAAUAAACGGUUUGGGAGUUUUUUCAGAUAUUGUGGAAAAUAUUGUUAUAUAAUUAUUAAUAUAAAGAACUGCUUGACAAUAUUUCGUGAACUCUUAGCUGAAUUUAAUACAUUUAAGAUAAUUCACACUAUUGGACAGUUUCCUUCAAAUCUCCUUGUCAUUGUAUCUAAAUACAAUAAAAAUAUUAUAUUUAAGAUUAUAUUUGUUAAUGAGUGAUGGUGUUAAUAAUAAAAAUUAUGAAUGAAAA